AUGGUUGUCAUUUUCCCAGCAACAGGCUCCCUCCCAUGCGGAUCCCGACGGAGGCGGCUUGUUUUGAAGCCAACGCAGCAAGGGGCUCUGCACGCAUUGUUCCAGCAGAAUCCAUACCCAGGCAUUGCCACCAGAGAACGACUGGCCCGAGAACUAGACAUUCCAGAAUCUAGGAUCCAGGUGUGGUUCCAGAACCAGCGCAUGAGACAGAUAAGGCAAAGCCGAUUGGCGUCUACCAAAUCCCAAGAGCAAGGGCCAACACAUGGACAGGAACAGCCUCCAUCUUGGACUCAAGAACAUUUCACAAAGGAUGGCAGGAGAAAACGGAUAUCCAUUUCUCCAUCCCAAACCAGUAUCCUCCUACAAGCCUUUGAGAAGAACCACUUUCCAAGCAUUGCUACCAGGGAACACCUGGCCAACUUCACAGGUCUUCCAGAAUCCCGCAUUCAGGUACAUUUUCAGAGUGUGGCACAUGAGUUGUUCAGUGUGGAAGAGAUAGUGGUUCCUGAGACAUUGUUGUGGAAUCAUGAGCUCCUUGGAGUUAUCCACAGGAUCCAAUGCCCAGGCAAUGGGGGCAAAGUCUUGAACUUGCAAGUCUGGUUCCAGAACAGAAGAGCUCGGCACCCAGGGCAGAACAGAAGUGGCCCUGUGAAGGACAUGGAAGUACACCCCAAACCCAAUCCUCAUGUGACAGUCCCAGUGGAACCAGGCCUCCUGGCCAGUGUCCCUAUAAGCUCUCCUCGACUGGCUCUGUCCAAUCCUCUGGGAAGCAUGCAGGGCCUUCCUGCAGGGACAACUCCCAUUCCCUGCAUGGGCUUUGCCCCUCCAGUUUUCUGCGAACACCAGCAGCAUCAUGAGCAUGCUGGCAUGGCACCCCUGCCCUUCCAAGACUACCCACAGCCUCUACCUGACUAUCCUUGCCAAUGGUGGCCUGUUCCUUCCAUAUCGGUGAGCUUUCAGGGCCCUGGCAUGUGUGCAACACGGAGCCACCACUCUGAGAAAUCACCUGCCAGAGAAGGUGUCCACGUGGAAGCUGGCAGGAAUCCACCAGCUAGCAGGCUAUUGCUCAUGGCCUUGGAGGCCAUGGCCCCAGGCGCUCUCAUCUGCAAGGACAUCCUCACACAACUGUGCCUUCCCUGGGAUCCUUCAAAGUGA